CGAUAUGCCUCCAUUCUUGAUCGUAUGCCGGUGGAGGUUACUCAAACGGGGGAGCGGGAUGAGCCUUGGGAUUGGUGGAUGGAAGCAAUGGAGGUUCCCCAAGGCGAGAGGCCAAAAAAGAACUAUGUUGUGGGGUUCCCCAAAGCUCGAGCUAGUGAUUUGAUCCCAACACUAGCCACGCGCUAUAGGGAUUCCACCCGUGGCGGCGCCGGCUCAUCCUCAUCCGCUCCAACACAAAAUCCAGUGGUUCCCGAUUCCAUCUUCCUCCCGAUUGUCCGCAAUGUGCUCAAUGAAACCCGUGCCAAUCCUCUGCAAUUUGCUCGUCGCCUAUCGGAUGAGGAGAUAACAACCUUUGCACGCACAGCCCUCGAGGCGUCCGAUCCAGCCGCUGACCCGGCUCGGAGGGCGGAAUGGAAUAACCUUCUUGGCGGCGAGGUUGUGCACAUUGUAGGGACAUUGCUCGAGGAUGUCCUCCAAAAAAUGGAUGCUCGUGCUAAAAUGGCAACUGCGCAAGAGGGAGAGAAAGAUUAUACGGAUGUGGACGAGGAGACGGAUGAAAACACGGAUGCUGAGGGUGAAGGCGAAGCCGGUGGUGAAGGCGGUGGGGAAGGCGGUGGCGAAGAUGGUGGCGAAGAUGGUGGCGACGGUGGUGGUGAAUCAUCCGAUGUUUCAUUGACCGAUUAGUUUGAAUGUU